UUCAAUAGUAUACUGGUAACUAUUGCCGUGUCCGAUGUUCAUGAACACACUCUUCCUAGAAUUAACUUUUAAGCCCCAACAUCGAGCCCAUCUAACUAAUUUGUCUAGGCCAGCUCAAAGAUCCAAAUGAUCAGCCUCACUUCUUAUUGUUCUCCAGAUUUUUACAUCAUCCGCAAACAAUGUCGACGAUUUAGGCAACAGCGGUAAUUCACUAACGUAGAGAAGGAAAAGUAGAGGGCCUAAGGUGGUGCCUUGGGAUACAUCACUUUUGACCAGCUUCCAUUCGGAUAGCGUCCCAUUGACUCUCCUUCUGUGUUUGCGGUCACAUAAGAAUUUUCCUAUCCAUUCCUGUACAGCAUCUGUUAUUCCGAAGACCUAAGUUCGAAACCCUGUCAAAUGCUUUGCUAAAGUCUAUGAAUGUCAUAUCAGCAGACAGACUGUUAUCAAGGGCCGCUGUCCAAAUCUCCAUCAAAAUAAGGCUAAAACCGAAUGACCAACAAUAUCGACUUUGUGUCAGCUAUCCAUUGUGGCCAUUCAGAAGCAAAGUUAACUAGAUCAAAUUCUGACGCACCUUUCAAAUCGAUACGCAGAGUUCGUUUUCCUGAAGAUGACAAACUUAUAUCAGAUUAUUUAGAACCAUUCCGGCUAAUUCCAGAUAAUUGUUCAAGUGAAGAACUUCAGGCGGCGUACUUUUCUUCUUGUUUUGAGCAUAGAAUAACUCCCAUUAAUUUUUUGUUAGAACAAAUAAAGGGAAUCGAUUUAUCGAUUUGUAAUGAACGUUACAGUCGUCUAAGCCUAAGAGGUAUUCGAUUGAAUCGAUUUCAUAUUGAAUCAAUGGAGGCAAUAUUUCAGCGUGCACAUUUCAGAGUAAUUGAUCUAGAAAAUACAUUUUUAGACGAACAGUCUGCUUCGUCACUGUUUGAUAUGUUACUGCAUUAUGAAAGUUGUACAGAUCUAAGUAUAAGUUUAAAUUUAAACAAAACGCUUCCUAGUCAAGCUUGGAGUCGUUGUGUUAAUUUCAUGCGAAAGUCAUCUGCUCUACGUCGAUUCACAUUGAGUCAUACUCCAUUACGCUUAGAAAAUUUUCAUGGUCUAAGUUUCUAUGGUCUAUGCUUGGAACGUUUACAUUUUAUUGAUUGUAAUUUAACCGGUCAAGCAUUAUAUGGACUUAUGCAAUGGUUGUACAUCCUUUUGAGUUCAACAAGUUUAUAUCCACCAACACGAGACAGACCAUGUAAUUCAAGUAGAGGACAUAAAUUUCGUGGUUGGAGACAUCGUAGACACUCUUAUACUACUUCAGGAUUAAAUUUAUCAAAUACAAGUACUACAAACACUAUUAAUACUAACACUACCACAAUUAAUGAUACUAAACCUUCUAUUUGGGAAUUAAAAUUAGGUUUAAUGAAUAAUAAAUUGACUUCUUCAGAUGUUGAAGCAAUACUACCACUAAUUCGUCAUCAGUUAUUUAUUCCAAGAAUUUCGGGACCUGAAACUGUUAAAUUUGAAGGUCAUAAUAAUAAUAAUAAUAAUAAUAAUAAUAAUAAUAAUAAUAAUAAUAAUAAUAAUGAAAUUAGCUCAUCAACUGCCCUUGUAAACAAUGGUUCACAUACGAAAUGUACACAACUGAAAAAAUCCAACUCAUUGUCGUCAUCAUCGUGUGAUUUUCUUCCAGUUGGAGGGAUUGGUUAUUUAUUGGAGUUGAAUUUGUCUCAUAAUAAUAUUGGUGAUGAUGGUUUAGGUAUAUUGUGUACUGGACUGCUUCAAUCUUAUCGAAAUCGUUUACGUGAACGUUUCUCUACGUUGAAUGAUCAAGAAAUUCUUAAACUAACCACUAUGUCAUCAUCACCAUCAACAGAAAAAAGCUCCGAUUCAAAUUCUAAUCGCUGUUGUACACAAUCAAUACCAAUGAAAAUUUGCAGCUUAGAACGUCUUUAUCUUGCAGACAAUAAUUUAAGCAUAGAUGGUAUGCAAUCAUUGGCUAUUGUAUUAAUGCAAACACCAAAAUCACUAAUCUCUUUUGUUGGCGGUUUAAUUAGCUUAGAUUUAAGUAACAAUGUAAAUAUUGGCGAUAAAGGUGUUGAAAUAUUGUGUGAAGGUUUAAUCAGAAACUAUAGUUUAAAAGAAUUAUAUCUUCGUUCCAUUAAUAUGUCUUUUUCAGGAAUUUUCGCUUUAUCCAGUUUUCUCAGUGAAUCAAAGUGUCUAAAGUAUUUGGAUAUACGCAACAAUAAUUUAGAUAUAGCCUCUAUAAUGGCUUUAUCAAAAACUUUAUUCAUUAAUAAAACAUUAACAAGUCUGGUUUCAGAUGCACAUCGUUGGGCGAAUUCUCAGCUGGAUCUAUCUGAUAAAGAUAAAGAUUUAAUUAAAUCUCUCAUUGAAAGCAUCGAUUCAAAUCUUAGAAGAAAUCGUUUAGAAACAGAAUUAGUUGAUAAUAAUAAUAAUAAUGUCUCGAAUAUUAAUUGUGAUACAAUCACACCAACUGAUGUUAUCAAUGACGAGAAUUCGUUGGGACAAUCUGAAUUAAUGAAUAACAGCUCAGUGAUACAGUGUAAUGACAAUUCACUAACUAAUUGUAAUAUAAUGAAUAGUGAGAUGUCAUUGGACACAACAGAUUGUACAUCGGAUAUAUCAGUGAUACGAAGUUAUGAAUGUGAUAAUAAUGAGUGUGGUCCUGAUAAUAAUAGUAAUGCUGAUCUCCAGUCAGAUAAUUCGUUAAAUACAACGAUCGAACAACUUGAUAGUGAUAGUAAUGUCGAGGUUUUGGGUAAUUUAAACUGCGCAAUAAUCUCUACCAAUCCUAUUAAUGAGAUAUUCACUGAAUGUAUAUUGGGUAAUCAAACAAUAAAUAAAGAUGGUAAAUUUAUCAAUAAUAAUAAUAAUAUUAAUAAUAAUGAGAAUUUUGCAAUAAUAGAAAAACGAAGUAAGGAAGAAAAGAAAACAACAAUAGUGGUAGAACAACGACGACCAUCUUUACUUCAACAUUCAUCCGAUUCAUUUAUGACUAUUGAAAAUCUCUCUUCUUCAUCUAACUUAUUCCAAAAUGUAAAUAUACCAUGUUUCAAGGAUGAUAAGUCAUUGAAUUAUAAUACCGAAUCAGAUCCAAUUCAGUCAUCUGUAAAUGUUUUUGACGAAUCAGAUUCACUGAAUACAAUAAGUCAAAAUAAUCAUAAUCAUACAAAUGAUGACGUAAUCAGUAAAUAA